AACAAUUAAAACAUGAUUUUAUUGUUUAUGAAAAAUAUUAUUUUUAAAAAUCUUCAAUAUUUGUUAUCACCUUCCUCGUAUACUCCAGACUUUCCCGGAUAUUAGAAUAUUUACGAAAUAUUUCGCACCUAUAUAUUUAAAAUAUUUUCUAAAUAUUGUGUGCUGUCCAAAUACUUUGAAUAUCGCGAUCAUCGAUCGCGAUUCCGUGAGCAGAUCUCUUGCAAAGCUUUCAGCCGGAUAGAAAUCGAGCUUGGUAUGCCGGUAAUGUUAUCCAAACAUCUAAUUCAUAUAUAUCAUUUCGCCAGUUCGCUUUUCAAGAUCGCGCGUUACGCAAACGUCUUAUACUUGCCUAAUGCAUAUCGCUCUAUAUGCCCGGUUAGAUCAUUGCAAGGGGUCAGUGUUAAUAAGUAAAUUAUACAGUGAAAAGAGAAGAAUAUUAUUCACGCGUUCACAGGGGGACACGUCAUUGGGAUGACGUGCGCGCGAACACAUACACACAUACACAGCAUAUGUCGCGGCACGUGUGUGAAACGGGCGUUAGACAUAACAGCGCUCGUUGCGGCGGCAUCGCCGCCUUUGUCCGUCGCCGUCGAGUAUCGUCGCCGAAACGAAUCCUCGUCUCGUUCGGUGUGUGUGUGUGUGUGUGUUGCGCUCGCAGGGGACGAUGUCCUUCGCGAGUUGCUCGUCCGACGGAGAUGUUUGUUUUGUUCGAUUCGGCCGCUGAGAACGCGCCGAAAGGUUGAGACGAAGGUUAAAGAACGGCCACAAAGGCGACGUUAUCUGGUCCGCGGACUUCGGAGGACUUCACCUAACCUGUAACGUUGUCGCUCGUAGAUAGAAGGCUGCUGUGCUUCACCUGUGUGUCGGCACCGUUCGCUCCUGCGUUCCGCAUCUCCCACGGGCCGAGGACGUCGAGUUCCGGCCAGCCGAGAUUUCCAGCCACCGGAUCGAGCGAACUUGCUUUGAGGUUAUCUCCGUGACUCAACCGCGACCUUUUCUCGAAGAGGAGCGACGCUCCAGGAUACCGCAAGAUGGCCGGUAGCAGCGAACUCUGGGUGCAGUGUUUCACGUGCUGUAUAACCCAGCGGCCGCCGGCGAGGACGCGGAACGGCCGGUCGCAGCAACGCCAGAAGCUCAGGAUAGACCGGAGCAUGAUCGGCGUGCCCACCAACUUCCGACAUACCGCGCACAUAAGCAGCGGCGACGUCGACAUGUCCAUCGCGCAGUUGGCCAAUCUACAGGCGCAGAUGCAGAGAAAAGGUGGAUACGACACCAAUAUCGGUGCCAAGGGAUGCUGAGAAUAGCAUUGCGAGUUAGUGUCACAGACGACGAGAACCCGAGUACCCUGCAACUGACAUUUUGACACAACGGAUGGACGAAUGAGAAAGGGGAAUGGAGGGAUGAGAGGGGAGGACGAGGAGAGAGCUUUGCCAGCCUGACUAACGACUGACUCCGUCUUCUGUAUUUUUCCGUUUUUCUUCGUACCGAUGUUGUUCCACGUUUGUCGAACGGACAACGUCGAGUGCCCACACCACGUGCCCACGCGUACACGAUUGCAUUUACACAUAAACCGACUAGAGAGCUAAGACCGCCGUUAUAUACAUAUAUACAUCAGACGAACAUACCUUCGGAGAGAGAGGAAGCUGCCAGCCGUUAUAACACGCGCACCAUUGUAUCUCGAAAACGCGCGAAGUAUCACAAGUUAUUAUUUACGGGUCCGCUCGUGCGCGAUCUCGCGCUCUCCAAACGAACGCGCGCGUGUGUGUGUGUGUCUUCCCGUUCGGAUGCUUCCGAGUCUGCCAAGUACAGUUUUCUCCCUUCUCGUGUUGACGGUCCGGCUUUGUUAUUGUUAUCGGCGAAACAGCACUGAUCUUUUGCAGAAUGAACUUGCGUUACGCCUCGUUACGCCUCGUGAGAUUGCCUCUGCGUUCUCUCAUUUACAUUCUCUCAUUUGCGCUCCCCAUUGUGCGUGCUUGUGAGGCUCCGCGCUGCGGCAACCGUUGCGGAACUGACGCGAGAUUACGCGCUUAUUACUGACGUGUGUUCGCGCAUACGAAGACGCGCGAUACAUGAUUGCAUGCCGGGUGUUCGCAAGCCCGUCCGUCGGUGUGAGCUUUGAAUGAGAAUUGUCGCUCCUCGAACGAUCUCGCGUUUGAGACUGCGUUUACCUCGACGACGAGUGCGCCGUCAUGCGUCCGCUUCGUGCGAGCAUCCCGCUCGGCUGAUGGCCGACUCGGUGAGAGUUUCCGUUUUCCCGGCGGGUCAAGACGAAGCGUGUCGGGUCCCGAGCAGCGAGCGCACGUUUAUGAAACUCGUGUCGUCCGGUCGCCACACUGGACAUUUAGGGAAACCGAUGGUGUGCGAUUUAUUAACGACAAGUUUGAGCGUCUCCUCGACACGCGUUUAGAAAUACGAGCCUCGUCUGCGCAAUGUCGAGUGGCGCGUUUAAUAUCCGGCCGAUCGAGCGGCUAAAUUGUAAGAAAACGAGCGGGCGAGUGAGUGAACGCGCGACUUGACUCGCGCGAACGAGCGGAGUUUCACGCUUAAUUGUAAGUCUCGCGACUAGUGGAAUAACGGCGUUGAAAUGUCAGGUCGAGGAGUGACCGACGAAUGAGGCACUGCCGCUCGACAGCAGGUCGAGGAUUGUUUUUCCUUAUAUGUGAGCAUGUAUUUUUCGAUUAUCUCUCUCUCUCUCUCUCUCUCUCUCUCUCUCUCUCUCUCUCUCUNUCUCUCUCUCUCUCUCUCUCUCUCUCUCUCUCUUUUUCUCUCGGUCUCCAAGCGCGAGCUGGUGACUUUCAUCAUGAAAAAAAACGUUCUCCUGUGAAAUGUACUUUAAUAUUUCGCACGCGUCGAGAUUCGCCCGGCGAGAGUGGUUGACGCGAUGCGCGACAUUUGUUUUUCCUCCUCCUCCUCGCCGUCCGUAUUGCGUCAAGAGCGACACAGCGCGAUCUCCGCUAAUGAGCUUCCCUUGCGAAACAACGGCAGAAUUGCGAGGAUCGAAGAGUGAAACGUCGUCGUUGUCGUCGAGUUGAAGAGCGCCCACUCUCUCACGGGAACACGACGCAAUCGAGCGGUUCGACCGGGUCUGGAUUUGCAAAUUCUUCAAACGAAAGCGACGGAAGACGGCGGCUCGUUGUCUAAACUGGAGCGCCUGUUUCGCUCGCACAUCGGACGAUGGUGUUUCCGAACUCUGCGCUCCGAUUCGCGGCCCAGCGCCGCUCGUGCGUUCGCCAGGUUGAAUUGUUUAGGCAGCCGGCCGCUUGUCCGUACAAAUGAACGAAGAGAAAAUGAUCGAUGCGCAACGAAGCCACGGAGAGACUUUCUAUGACUUCGUUACACGCCGACCGCGGGAUCGUCGGUCACUGCGCGUUGCAAGCGAAACGAGGAGGAAGCGAUCGAGCGACUCGCAUUUGAUUUACAUCUAACGAUCCGAUGAGUUAUUCGAAUCAAUACACAUGGGCCGCGAAAAGCUCGCGACACUUCUCGAUGAGUUUCGCAACGUAUCUCGUAUUGUAAUGAGAAAAUACAGCGGAACAUGCUGCCAUUCAAUCACUUAAAAUCACCUUUUGUCACUUAUUCUUGACAAGUCCGGCCGAAAAAUUCACUAUCGUCCAAAAUAGACCACUUCAGUCACAUUUUUCCCCGAGUUACCGUUAAAUUUGUAAAAUAUAGGUGUUCUAUAUAUAUAUAUAUAUAUUUUUUUUUUUAAUUUUUUGCCGUCUUGUCUGCUGCCAAUUGUUCUGAAAGCAUACAUUUGUAUCGUUUACACAUCUUGGUCUUUCCUUAUGAAUUUCCUGAUCCUACUAUGAAAAGAACUCGCUGUACGUUAAAUUAUCCGAAGAUGGACAUGGAAGAGUAAGAGUGAAUAUUACUUUUUGCUCAAGUGGUCUUAGUUACUAGAAUUUGACAAAAAAUGUCACAUUUGGUUGCUCUUUAAUUUCUUUUUUUAUACCAAGGAGACUGAAUGGCGGCUCUGAAAAUACAUUUCUUGAGAAUUACCGAGAAACAGAUUCCCCUGUUGGACACGGGAUAUGUGCGUCCCAAAGCUUGUAAAAAAAAAAGAGUGUCGCUUUCCUUUUUGUAACCGACUCGAUAAAUCAAGUGGCAAUAAAAUCGCGCGUGUGUCGCCGAAGAGCAAGCGAGAGAGAGAGAGAGAGAGAGAGAGAGAGAGAGAGAGAGAGAGAGAAGGGUACGCGACUCGUUAAACAACGUUCUAAAUUCUACCGCUGCUGUCGAAAGUCGCUCGAAUGUAGCAACAUCGAGCGAUAAUUUCAAGUAUGUGUGUGCUCACGGGCGACAUAGCCGGAGAAAGGAAAAUCACGAAGCGCGCUGCGAGUCAACGAUGCGCGACAAAACGCGAAUUGUGCCUUUUAGUGGCCGCCGCCGGCUGACCCGAAGCGCUCGGACGAAUCACCGCGCAUGCGCUGCAUACACAACACAGGAGAAUAGCUCACUUUUCUUUUAUUUUAUUUCGUACUUUAUACGUAAGAGAGAAUACAACGUUAAUGUAAUUCCUAACGCACAUAAGUAUACACACACACAAUCGUAUCAUAAUAUCACACAAUAAUAAUGUUGUACACAUUUCUUAUCCUACUAUCGAGACUCAAUCGUAUCGAUUAUAAGAAUACUAGGGAAUGCGCUUGCGUUAUUUAUAGAAGAAAAAAGGACAAGAAAGAACGGCAGAAGCAGAUAUAUAAACUGUGUUUCUUGAAUAAAGAUACGCACAUGUC